GUAUUAAGUUGUAUGUUUGAAGUGCAGUUAUGCAGAAAAAUAUGUUCGCUUUCAUACAAGAGAAUAGAAUCGCAAAUAUAUUUCUAGGUAGCUAGCUAACAGUUAGCUGUAUGUAGCCUAGCUAGUUAGCCAACUAGCUUUUAAGUAGUUAUUUUAUAGAACGCUAUUUUCCUAGUUAACCAUAUCGUUCCAGCUAAGUAGGUGAGCCCAUUCAAUUGCCGCUUUAGCUUGCAGCGCUAGCAUUGUUUGCUGGCUAUGUAGCCAGUUAGAUAGCUUGGUCAACAGCUUGGUAACUAGCUAUUUUGCUCGUUGGACCGAGCUCAUAUUCACGACUCCAUAGAAAGGUGCCAGUUACCUCGGUGUUCCUCCAGAUGUUUGAAUACCUGCCUCCAAAUCUAUCUUGAGACAUCAUGGAGGAAGAACAGGACUUCACUCUGAGCGGUCCAAAUGCUGCCAGUAUUGAUGCUGCUGACCUGAGGGAUGACAACUUCGAUAAGCUUGUUGCAGACUACAUGGGAUCUCAGACUGGGGAAGCAUUGAAUCUAAACAAAAAACCAUGUAGAAACAGACUUCUGAUCCAAGUCGGACUUCUGAGAGAAGACAACCAACUCUCCUGGGGGGCAGUGGUAGACUGGCUUCAAAAGAUUUUCCCAAUGUAUCAGUCUGCAGACUUUCGUUGUCUGAUUGAAAGAGGCAUUGCAACAACUUUAAGUUUGAAUGGAGAUGCAAGACAAGCCUUCCUUGAGUCAAAUGUUAACUUUGAAUUAGUUGGCCCAAUAUGUGACAGCAUUGGCGUUGGUAGAGCUGAUCUUUUGGAAAUGACAGAUUUUUCUGAACAAGCAGAGUCUAUUGAGGUCACAAAUGGUUUGAUACUUGAGUUGAGUAACUUCGUCAUCAGGGAGAAAAUUGACCCCAUUGUCUUGGUGUCUUGGCUACGUCAAUUUGACCCAGAGUUCUGUAGUGAUGGUAACAUCCAGAAAGCUAGCAAAGUCCUUCAGGCAAAGUUAAAGAAAUUCAGACUACAUUACCGCAAUUACCAAACAACCAGACAUAGAAGAAAUGCUCAGAUGGAAACCUUCCUUCAAAGUCCAUUUGAACUUGUUAAAGACCCAACUGACGGAAAGAAAUCAGGCAAAAGAGGAAGAAAGAAAAGAGGCUUUUUGUCAAAACUUGAUAAGCCAGUGGUGAAAAUCUUCAAAGAAGAAAGUGAGACUUUUGCCAUAACACCAAACGAAGAGGGUGUGUGGGAAUCUUACUCUCAGGUGAAAGUGAAAGAAGAAUACGAGUCUCCAACUGAAGAAAGUCAUCAUGCGAUGAACCAAAACACUCUCGAUCUGAUAGAGAAUCCUGAUGCAAGCAAAGGAGAAGCCCUCACACUGCUUGACAUCGCCAUGCUCUCGGUCCAAAAACUGUCAAGCGUGUAUGGUGGGAAAACUGAUGCUUCCAAACAAGUUUCCCUUGAUCUUCUCAAGAACCAGUACACUCUAACAUGUAAAGAAAAUGUAGCCAUGAAAUUCUUUGAAGAGAAAGUUGCAUCUCUUAAAGAUCAACAUUCCAUGGCAUCACCCUUGCGUUUUCUACACUACAAUGCCCAUUUUCUUGUUGACAUUCAUGACGCAAUUGAACAGCAGAUGAUGAGCUUCGAAAACGAGAUCAUGCAGUCUACUGGAGAAAAACUAGGCCGUGACAGGAACCCGAAAUUCCGAAGAUUUGUGAACUUUUCUGAAAGUUCUACGUCACGCUACAUCCACAUGGCCUGUGAUGUCUUGAGUCCUCGUGCUGCAUCAAAGCAGAACUACAGAAAACACUGGAUAGCUUUCUGUGAAGAGAAGAACAAUCCCUCCAAACUGACAGUCAACCGCUCAAAUCGAUUCAAUAACUACUUUGAAGCAGCAGCAGGUCUCAUUCACCAUUAUGGUGAGAUUGCCCUUUUCUUUUCCGACCUGCUCUUACUGAACAACGAUGAAUGCCCCAAUGUCAUUCUGGAGAGUGUUACUGAUGAUGCCAAUGAUGAUGUCAUACAGUCACUUGUAUGCGUUCUCGCCAUUGUCUAUUGCAAAAUCCUGGGUCCUUACUGGCAACUUUUGAAGAGCGGAGGAGAGUACUCACUUUUUAGCCAGUAUAUACUCUGCCUCUACCAAAAACUGCUUGAGUGGGCUAAGGAUGCCUCAGGCCUCCUUGAGCCAGAUACCAUUGCAAAUGUGUUUCUCCAGUUGCCUCUGCAAGAGAAGACUUUUGAUGGGGUUUUUUCGUACUUCACAACCGGCUCGGGACACAUACAUGUUGACCUGAUCAGGGUCUGUCUUCAGAAGAUGGUGAAAGUGAUUGCGGCUGUCACUGAGGUCAAUUUGAGUGAUUUUUUGCCUGGAGGCGCACAUUGUCACAACCCCCGUCUGGAAAUUUCCACAAAGCUGACAACCUGCACAUUUUCCGUCUUGAUGGCCGAAUACCCCUUUGGUCAUGCCUACCCAUACAAAAGGAAGAGGCCAGAUCAACUUACGAAUCUUGCAUCAAGUAACAACGAAGAACCAGAGGGCCACUCCAUUCCAUCUGAAGGUGGUUCUCCUGCUGGUGCAACAAAUGCAGAGAGGAAAACCUCUGACACUGUUCCAAGAGAAGAGUACUCCCCUCCUUCCAAGAAAAAGUAUCUUGACCAAAGCAAGGCCCAGAAGAGGCCAGUAGGACGUCCGAGAAAAGAUCCUGGUCCAGUGACAAAGGACCAGCGUCUGCAAGACGAAACAAACAGAAACGCGGUCAUCGCUGCUGUCGCAAAAAACGGAGGACCUUGCAACUGCAAGCAAGAUGUUGACAGACUAUUGGCCCGAUUGGAUGGGACAAGCCAUGCUCAAAAACGCGAAGCAAUCCGCUGUGAGAUCAGUUACCAAAAACUGGUCCUGGACUCCAGAGACCCAAGCCUGAAUCAUAUUGGUUUUUCACUCGCAGACAUGAUCUCAAAGCUGAACAGUGUGUUGCCUGGCGAAGCGUGUAGUUUGGAUGAUGUCUCAGCCUCUGGACAAGAGAAUGAGCGCAAAGCCAACGAGCACAAUGAACAACAGAGCGAGCAUGAAAAUGUCACUACAACCCCUGCUGAUGCUCAAUCUGGUCAGAGUGUCGACUAUGAAAGCAACAAAGGGGAUUUGGGAAAGGGUCAAAGAAGUAUUGACUUAGGUGGAAACAAAAACAUUGUUUCCUACCAGAGCUACAGAGGUAACUUUGAUGAAUUUCACUAGAUAUUGUAGGAAGUUAGACGGGUUGGUUGUUCGCAACAAAACCGACGCAUGUGCAACUAUGGGGAAAAACAGACGGUUUUCUUAGACUGAUAACAUGUAAACUAUAUUUUGUCUAUGUUUAUUGAAAACAAUGUUUCUCAAUGAGCACUUGUCUCUCAAAUACAUC